GCAAGCGAGAUUGUUUCGUAAUAAAUAUACAGAAUAAUAUUCUUCAUAAGACACAGUAACGAAUAAGGAGAGUGGGAGCCUUAUCUUGUUGUAAUUGACAGAUCAACACGAGGAGUUUCAUUGACCAGGAUGAAAGCUGAUAUUGAAGUAGCAGUUGAAGAUUCAGAACAAAAUGCUUCACUUUCAAAAAACCAAAGAAAGAAACUUGAAAAGAGAAUGCGUCUACAGGCUUCUCGCACAGAGAAAAGGAAGGAAGAAAAACAAAGAAAGAAAAACAGGCGUGCCGAGCAGUUAGCAGCUGGUAUUGAAAUUCCACCGCCAAAACGCUGGAAGAAAAUGGAAGCAUCCAAUUGUGCAAUCCAAGUUGCUGUAGACAUGUCUUUUGAUCACCUGAUGUCAGACAAGGAUCUUGCCAAAGCGCUCCAUCAACUGCAGUUCUGUUAUUCUGUCAACCGUCGCGCAGAAAAUCCACUCCAGUUUCACAUCACGGGCCUGAGCGGUCGCUGCGCGGCGGAGAUGGAGCGGAAGGCCGGUAACGGCUACAGCAACUGGGACGCGCACAGACACGAGCAGCGCUACCUGGAGGUGUUCGCGCGAACUAACGUCGUCUACCUGAGCAGCGAAUCGCCGAACGUGCUCUCGCGAUUGGACGCCGGCGCCGUAUACGUCAUCGGCGGCCUCGUCGACCACAACCAGCACAAGGUGAGGUGGCGCCACCUGCGCGCGGCGAGCGACGCCAUCUUUUUUUUGCUGGCGUUUUUGUAG